GGUCAUAUCUGCGUUCAGAGGCGAACGGAGUGUAUGGCUCCUCGACAGGGCAUUUGCGGAUUACGGGCCCUAUCCCGACUUGCGUGGCCGUCGGCAACUCUUACCCGGCCACUCGCCUCUCAGAUGCCCUCCUCACCACGCCAAAGCUCUAGAUCACCACACCACCGCCUCAACUCCUCUAUCUCCAAUCCACCAAAACCAAACCAACAAAUGCCCUCCCCCUCACCAACACCCCACAUCCACAUCCUCGGCCUCGGAAACCUCGCCAAACUCUUCGCGCACUCCCUCUCCCUCCUCCCCCACCCCCCCCAACUCACGCUCCUAACCCAUCGCCCCUCCCUCCCUCCCUCCUCCCCCAUCACCCUCGUCCUCACCCGGAAUUCCACACCCCUCCCAUCCCCCCCCUUGGAACUCUCCCUCAUCACACCCCAAGGGCCGGCAAUCACACACCUCAUCCUGACCACAAAAUCGCCCUCCUCCGCCGCCGCUGUCGCCCCCCUCCUCCCGCGGCUGUCUGCCGAUUCCACCAUUCUAUUUACCCAGAAUGGGAUUGGUGCCGUUGAAGAAGUCUCCUCUCUCUUCCCCGCUGAUGCGCAACCAACAUAUCUCUCCGCCAUAGUAACACACGGUGUUUUCUCAACCGGUCAAUUCAGCGCCACGCACGCGGGGGUGGCGGAUCUGAAGAUCGGGCCCGUCUCGGGGCGCACCAGCGAACUUUCGACGUCGGCGCGGUGGCUGGUUGAUACGAUUUUAUCAUCUGAGGCAUUGGCAGCGACAGAGGUGGGAGCGGAUGAACUACUCCACGUCACUCUCGAGAAACUCGUCGCCAACGCCGUCAUAAACCCCCUCACAGCCAUCUUCCGCAUCCCCAACGGCUCUGUCCUCUCCCCCUCCCUAACCCCCCUCCGCACCGCCCUCGCCUCCGAAACCAGUCUAGUCAUCCUCUCCCACCUCUCAGCCCUCCACCCCGACUCCCCCCUCCCCCCCUCAAAAGCCGAGCGCUUCAGCGUCGCCAGGCUCGCGGCGAUGGUGGAGGGAGUUUGUGAGGCGACGAGGGGGAAUCGGAGUUCGAUGUUGCAGGAUGUUGAGGCGGGGCGGGGGACGGAGGUUGGUUAUAUUAAUGGGUGGAUUGUGGGGAGGGGAGAGGAGAUGGGGGUGGGGGUUGGGGUUAAUGCAGGGGUGAUGGGAAUGGUUGAACGGGGGGAGGUGGUUAAGAUUGAGGAGGUGGGGCGGUUGCUUGAGAGGAUGAGGGAGGGUGUGGAGGGAAGGUAG